AUGGAGACGGAGGGACACGCAAGCUCACAAGGAUCUGUCGUUAUGCAAGGCGCACUGACCAUAGGGCUCGCGGCCACAAAUCUAAUCACCACAGCCGUCGCUCAAAAAGUCGUCAAAUUCGACAUACAGGGUCGAGCUCCCUCCGAAGCCGUCAAACUCGUUCGACGUGCUACAAUCAGAGAAAACCUCUUCAACGACGUUAACGAGGGCCUUUACUCGGUAAACGUGUCCAUCGGCACGCCACCACAAAACUUUCAGCUACAGCUCGACACUGGCUCGACCGAUAUAUGGGUCAACUCCGCUGAUAGCGAGUUCUGCCGGCAGGGCAACUGCUAUGACUCUUUCUCUUCCUCGAACAGCUCCAGCUACAGGGUUUCAGUGUCUAAUGAGUUCAAUGUAACUUACGGUGAUGGUACUGGUGCUGCAGGUGACCUGUUCACGGAUGACUUGGUUGUCGGAGAUGUCACACUCACGAACCAGACUAUGGGUCUAGCGACAACAAGCGACAUUGCUUAUGGUUUGAUGGGUGUAGGUAUGGUAGGAACAGAAGGGUCUUGUGGCGCAGUGGAAGGACCGGCUUAUUGUUAUCCAAACGUUCUGGACUCAAUGGUCAGUGAAGGAAAGAUUAACUCGCAUGCGUUUUCGCUUUACCUGAACGACCUGAACCAGUCGACUGGAUCUAUCCUCUUCGGCGGCGUGGACUCGUCACGAUAUUCUGGCGACCUCGUUUCUGUCCCUAUGGUGGGCAUACCACUCCUAAAUGGCAGCACAGAGGACGACAGAUACACUGUUGCCUGGACGAAUUUCACAAUCACAACGCCCAGAGGUAUUGAGACUUUCCUCCAAGAAGACAUCAACGUGCCUGCCCUCCUGGACUCCGGCACUACCCUUGCAGUCCUGCCAGAACAGAUCUAUAGACUAAUCCUCGAACAAAUGGGAGCUGUCGAAUUGGAAGGCGGUGCCUUUGCUCCAUGCUAUCUUCGAGUCGCCAAUGCCACGAUCGACUUCCACGUCGGUGGACCUACAGGCUUCAUAUUUAGCAUCCCACUCCGCGAGUUCCUCUUUGACCUCGACUCCGAGACUGCUCGUCUGUUCCACGAUCUCGGAGGUGCGCAAUACUGUCAAGUUGGCCUGCAGGCGGGCGAUGAUUUGCCAAUCUUUGGAGACGUCAUCCUGCGAAGCGCAUACAUCGUCUACGAUCUCGACAACAGACAGAUCGCCCUCGCUCAAGCGAACUUCAGUCCUGGUGCCGCCAACAUCAAGGAGAUUACCAAUGGAACUACCAGCAACAUCCCUGGAGUAGCCCGCACUGCUUCUGCGAUCAGCAGUCUUUCCUCCGUCACGAGCGCAACUGCCGCUGUGCACACGAGCUUGCAAAGUUCCCGAACUGGCUCGCCUUCUACUGCUUCGAUCGUGCCGCUUGCCUCGUUCACGACUGCUAGCUAUACUGGGCAGAACGGCUAUACCGCAAUGAGCUCGAUUACGACAAGCGCACCAAGUGGAACUGGUGCAUCAAGCAGUUCUUCGAGCUCGGGUGCUGCCAGUGCCGUGACUGUUCCUAGGUUCUCUGUGGAGAAGCCGUUCAUUGUGGGUAUGAUCAGCAUGCUCGUUGCGGUCGGUGCUGGUAUGAUAUUGUCGUGA